AACGGGCUUGGGCCAAUGGUUAACUCCGGGAUCCUCGCGCUCGUCCGCUAUUGGCUGCCGCCUCGUUGGCUCGCCCCUUUCGUUCUCUUGAAGGGUGAGUGCCUCGGGCAGACGGAGCGAGUCCGGUUGGAGUGGCGGGGACGUGUUCGGAGUGCGCGAGGCACCGACGGCGGAGCGGUCAUGGCGGCCAGGCUGCUGAUGCUGAUGCUGGGCUCCUUGCUCUGCGCCAUCGGAGGGGCCUCAGCGGCAGCUGGCUUUAUAAAGUCACCUCUCUCCCAAAAGAAACUGACAGAGGAAAGUGUGGAACUGCACUGUGAGGCUGUCGGCAGCCCCAUCCCAGAAAUCCAGUGGUGGUUUGAAGGAGCCGGUCCCAAUGAUACUGCCACACAGCUAUGGGAUGGUGCCUGGCAGGACCGGGUCAAAAUCAGCGCAACCUACCAGCAGCUCUCCUCAAGCACUGUCUGCAUCACUAACCUCACGACUGAAGACUCCGGCACGUACGAAUGCCGGGCCAGCAACGACCCUGACCGCAACCACUUGUCGAAGAGCCCCAAAGUCAAAUGGAUCCGUUCCCAGGCGAAUGUCAUUGUCACUGAGCAGCCCAAAAUCUCCACCUCUCCUGAAGUAACUGCUGGAUCAGAUGUGGUUAUUUCAUGUAACCUAACAGAAGCACCCACAGCUAUCAAAGGCCAUUACUGGAUGAAAGGGGAGACAAAGCUUGACUCCAAUGACACUGCUCUGGACUUUACCUCAUACAUGAUCCCCAAAGUGGAUCAUCAGACCUCGGGAGAGUACCACUGCAUCUUUGAAACGGUGCCCAUCGCAAAAGGAACCGUGUACGUGAAAGUUCCACCCCACGUGGUGGCCCACAAGAAGACGGAACAUGGAGGCGAGGGGGAUGCUAUAAUGCUGGCUUGCAAAUGCAGUUCUUACCCGACUGUCACCCAGUGGACUUGGUACAAGGUGACGGAUGAGGGGUUUCAGCCCAUUGUCAACGGCACUGAGGACCGGUUCUACAUCACAUCCAACAAAACCAGGACAGAUCUUUGGAUCCUCUCCUUGAAUCUCGAGAAGGACCCUGGAAAUUACGUGUGCAACGCCACCAACCAAUUGGGUGACGGGAGCGCCGUGGUGGACCUGCGGGUGCGGAGCCGCCUGGCUGCUUUGUGGCCAUUCCUGGGAAUUGUGGCAGAGGUGCUGGUCCUUGUCACAAUUAUCUUCAUCUAUGAGAAGAGGAGAAAGCCCAAUGAGAUUCCUGACGAUGACGAUGGAGGCUCCGCACCCCUAAAAGGCAACACUGCAAAUAAUAAGGACAAGAAUGUGCGUCAGAGGAAUGCAAAUUAAGCACAUGGCAAGGUGACACGAGAGCUAAGCAGAUGGCUUAGAUGUUUCUUCUGACUCUCUUGUGCUGUAACACCAAUAUUCUAGAGCAGCCUUGCCAAGAUUGGUCAAAUUCCCUUUUUAAGAGAAACUUUUGUAGAGUAAAAGUGAUUUCCUUUUUUAAAAGGGAAAAAACAGUGAGAGAUGUUUUUACCCAUUACGUUUUAACCACACAUACAGUUUUUCUUCUAGUCCUCACUGUUGAAUCUUGAGAGUUGGGGGAAGGAAAUGUAAAGAGUGAGGAGAUUGUAUUGCACAAAAACGUUGCAGGUUAGUUUAAGAUCUAUCAUCCACCGCUCAAGAACGUGCUCCUUUUUUAGCAGCAGGCCAGAGGGGAAGCUAGUAGAUCUGUCCCGUUUAAUGUCGCAGUAGUGUGAAGCAGCGCGGAGUUUAAAGCGGCCCUCAGCUUUAGGAAGGACCCUGCUUCAGCACCGAGUGCGUUCGGCCAGUAGAAGACUUUGCAUCUCCUCCUCUUCCUUACUUGGUCUUCCUAGACCAGAAAGGCCUAGAUCUCACACACCGUCUUUUCCAAAUCACGGAGGGAAGAUGCCAAGAAACAAGUGGUGCUGCUGCUUGUGUGUGUGUGUGUGUGUGUGUGUGUGUUUCCUGUCUGGCUUCUUGAGCCCAGAAGACAACACCAGCUUUGCCUCCUUCUUCUUCUCUUGUCACUGGUUCCCUAGGCAGCAUUUCUCUCUCCAGCCACUUGGGCCUUUGGCGGCUUUCUGGAGACACUUCCUGUGCACUCACACACAAACAAUGAUGGUGCCAUAAUUGCCCAGAAAAGAAACACAAGGACAGUGGCUUCUUUUCUCCUGCCUCCCCACCCUCCCCUCCCCACCCCACCCCACUUACAUCAGAGUGUAAAGCCAGAGCUGAGGCAAGAGGCUGAGGCUAAUGUAAGUAGGGUUAAUCUUCCUGCCUAUCUGGUGGUGUCUCCUUUGAGUCUAUCAACACAUUAAAAGGCAAUUAAUUGCAGAGGUGGAAAGACGGGGGUGUAACACCCACGCAGCUACUCCGUCUCUUCCCAACAGCCGCUGGAGUCUGCCAAGGAAGGGAAUGUCCUUAUAGCCUGUUGGCCACCCUUGUUUUGGUUACUGUUGGAAUAGGUUGUUAUUUUAAAUAAGCCAGCUUUCUCUCAAUAAAGCAGACUCACUUGUUUCA